AUGACCAAGAACGACGCCGAACGGCAGCCGACCGCCCAGUUGGGAAGGCAAGAGGUCGAAUCUGACCACGGUCGCCCCGAGACAGAGCGCCAGCGUCAGCAGCCUACGGUACGAACACGGGCCCAGCGUCGCCCGUCGACCCGGGAGCGCGUGGGAAAUACUGUGACGGUUAGGGGGGAGGACGAGACCAACGAUUCCCGAGAAGACACCGACGAACCCGUUCGGUUAGAUGAUUGGGACCAGCGAGUUUUACCAUCAAUAGAUAUUGAUGGGCCGACACGCAAAACCAACGAGGCUCCUCUUUCCGAGGAAGAACACCAGAUGAUAGUAGACGAAUUGGAAGAUCGCAUUGCCCAUAUGCAGGACCAAAUCGAUUUACUAAACAACACCAAGCAAGAAAACGAGGCCACCAUUUCGCGCCUGCUCCGCGAAGCCCGUUCCCGACGAGAAACUACCGCGAUUACUAUUGGUACCGGUUCCGGUGGUUCGCACCACAAAUCCCGCGUAAAGGAUCCUCCGACAUUCUCUAAUAACCCCGACAAAGACGAGGUUACUUUCGAGGUUUGGCACCGCCGGAUCGAGAACAAGUUGUUGCUUGACGGAGCGCAUUAUCCCACCGAUGCAGAUAAGAGCGCCUACGUCGAGUCCCGUCUCGCAGGUGACGCCGCCGACACCUUGCUCCCUUACCUCAACGAUACCCAUCCCGAUCAGAUCACCACGUACGACGGUAUAAUGUGCCAUUUGCGCGGGGAAUACAAGGAUACCAAACUCGAGGAUACAGCGCGGGACGAAUUGGACAAGCUGAUUAUGUCGACGAAGGACAAGUUUAUGAUUUUCAAGAACAAAUUCGUCAAACUGGCAGGUCAGAGCGGCCUUCCGAAGCGAAGCUGGAAGCGGGAAUUGCACCGCCGCCUACCUACCAACUUGCGAGUCGCAAUGGUUAUAUACCACCAGGAUACCAACGUCUCUUUUGACGCCUACGUCCGUACGGCCGAUGGCAUCUCCUAUGACCUCACCAAAGCCUACGCCUCGCGGACCGAAGAUAAGAAUAAGACCAAGACCACCUCGAUCAAGAAGACCACAGGAGGGUCUGUUAUUCCACGUGCUGGAGGACCAGCCCGGACCACCGGAGGCGCUGUUGACGAGGGACAGAAGGGCAAACUGAGUGUGGAGGAGAUGCGUGGACUUAUCCGGACAGGCAAAUGUUUCCAAUGCCGUGAACCGGGCCACAUUAGCAGGAACUGCCCCAACAGACACCGGUCGCCCCACCAUUUCCGAGGACCGAGUUAA